AUGUCAGACCCCUCCACCUACGUCUUCAACCACACUAUGAUCCGUGUCAAGGAUCCCAAGGCUUCUUUGAAGUUUUACCAGGAUGUCCUUGGCAUGAAGUUGAUCACCACCUCUGACAAUGAGGGUGGCAAGUUCACCUUGUACUUCUUGGCUUACGUUGACAAGGUCCCCGAGUCCGAGGAAGAGAAGAAGAAGCUUGUUUUCAGUAUUCCCGGUGUGCUUGAGUUGACCCACAACUGGGGCACCGAGAAUGAUGCCGACUUUGCUUAUUCCAAUGGUAACAAGGAACCUGGUCGUGGUUUCGGCCAUAUUGCUGUUGUUGUGGAUGACAUCCAAAAGGCUUGUGAGCGAUUCGAGGAAUUGAAGGUCAAGUUUAUCAAGCGUCUUCAGGAUGGAAAGAUGAAGCAUAUUGCUUUCAUUGCUGACCCUGAUGAUUACUGGGUUGAGAUCAUCCAAAACCCUACCAAGGGCCCUAUGCCAAUCUAA